AAAAGCAAAAGCGGCACAAGCCUGAAAGGGGCCACGGGAAAGGGGGUUAGGAAGAGUGCUGCAGCCAUGAAGCCAAAAGCCGCCAUGAAGGCAAAGGAGGGCAAAGGCCUUAAAGCGUCGAAGCCCAAAAUACAAAAGCACACGCCGACAAUAGUCUAUGCGACAGAUUUGAGAAUGUCAGGAGUCUUUUCUUCAAGCAAUAUGUCCGCGGGCACGAUUCGUGCUUCCAACAAGCGGCAUUUGGUCGGCCUUGACCCGGAGCCCAACUUUUUUGACGGGUACGCCAUCCUGUGGCACUCAUCGACGGAGACACUUUUAAGAGAGCGGGUCCUCCCUCACGAGACCAGCACGGGCACAACCCAUGGAGGGAAGACGAGUAUCGAGGCCAUGCGGGAGACGGCUGCUACCACGAAGGAACGAGAGUUCGCGCCAGCAGGGGGAACAGAGGAAUUGAAGAAAGGUGCACCAGGCGUCCUUUCAGCAACUACUGCGGGACAACAUGAAAUCACGUCUCAGCGCCUUCUGGCUCAAGGACGCGGCCUAACAGGGAGUUGCGUGUUUCGCACGCACGGCGUGGACUCAGCUUUCACACUCUUCCAUCGCGCCAUCCAGCAAUGCGACAUGCCACUUUUUUGUGCUUUAUGCUGCGAGAUUGAGGAGGCGCGAAAUGAUUCUAGAAAGCUGCCACUGCCAGCAAAACCCACCCUGAAAAAAACGCACACAGGAAGCGUGUCUGACCUCGCCUAUGGCGCUACGAUCGCGCAGGUGGGCCUGUCGCGCGGUGGGCGUGAGGGGAACCAGGCUUUUUUGCAGGAUUUGCCUCUCUACUCGGGCACGCGGUUCGAAGAGAACCGUGGGUCGAUUGAGAGGAUGGCGAAGUAUGCGGUGCAGCAAAAUGCCAGCAUAGAGUUUCUGCAAAGCAUGUCCUCGCGGAUGGAAAAGGCAGUGCCGAAUCGCCGUGGCAUGGUGGACGGGGAAUUUUUCAAACUGUGCCGAGAGGCGGUGGUCUGGGGCCAUCGAGAUCUGGCGCAGUGGCUGGUCGCCCGCGCGUACCAGAACCGCGGGUACGGAUUCUCCGUUCUGCACGUAGACGCGCUGACGCACACUGGGACGCUGCCCGCAGUGGAAAAUCGGGAGACGUUCGAAGACCCAUCGUCCGCGAAGAUAAAUGGGAAAAAAUACGAAAAGGCAACAGCGACUGGCUUCUCCUCCGGUGCAGCUAAAAAGGCAAUGAACACUCAGAACGAUAACUGCUCUGGAAACGAAAACCUUGCGAACAACAGCGAAGCCGCCG